UAAGUAGAGAACCUGAAGAUGGUGGUGAUUAAAUACAAAAAAUGGUGGGUAAAGUAAUGGUGAAGCUAAAAAGUUAACCUAGGUUUUAUUUAAUGUUACUUGUGUACAAAAUUAUUAUUAUUUAGAGUAACUGAUGUGUUAAUUAGAUAAUGGGUGAAUGAAAAAUAUAUGAAAUAAAUAAGACGAUGAGUAAAAAUAAUAAUUUUUAAGAAUAAGAUUAAGUAUUUUUAAAUUUGAAUUGUCGUGCUGGUGUUGACAACUUGCGGUGGAAUUAAAAUAAAACAAAAGCUAAUAAUUUGUUGUAUAUUUGUAUUAUUAUUGGUUUUAAUAAUGGAAAUAUUGACGGACGUCGGGGAUAUUAAAUUUGAUAUUGAAGUAGCGUUGGAUGAACAAUAUGGAGCUUUGCCGCUUCCUUUUGCCGGCAUGGACAAAUCCAUUGCUGCGGUGUGCCAAUUUUACCCACGUGGCUCUUGUAACAAGGGGCCGUCAUGCCCCUUCAGACAUGUCAGAGGUGACAGGACGAUUGUUUGCAAGCACUGGCUGAGAGGUCUGUGUAAAAAGGGUGACCAGUGCGAAUUUUUACACGAGUAUGAUAUGACCAAGAUGCCUGAAUGUUAUUUUUAUUCAAGAUUUAAUGCAUGUCACAAUAAGGAAUGUCCAUUUUUACACAUUGAUCCUGAGACAAAAGUGCGCGAUUGCCCAUGGUAUGAUCGUGGAUUUUGUAGACAUGGUCCAUCGUGUCGUCAUCGGCAUGUCAGAAGAGUUUUAUGUAUGGCAUAUUUAGCUGGAUUUUGUCCAGAAGGACCCACUUGUAAAUUUAUGCACCCACGAUUUGAGUUGCCGGCUCUGCAAGACUUGCAGCCGAAAGAAGGCAAGAAAGUUAUGAUCACAUGUCACUUCUGCGGCGAGAGCGGCCACAAGGCCAUAUAUUGCAACAAAAUGCCACCGGAAGUUAGAGAAACACAAUUAAGACAAGAAGUAGAAGGAGGACCUCAUCCGCCGCAUUUCAUGAAUAUGCACAACGGACCGCCUCCACGUGGACCACAGAAACCGCUGGAAGAAGUCACUUGCUACAAGUGCGGCACCAAGGGCCAUUACGCAAACAAAUGUCCUAAAGGUCAUCUGGCUUUCCUCAGUCACGCAAAUACCACCGGAGGCGCUCCCAAUGAUAACGCUGGCUACAGACGAUAAAAUUAAUGCUAAGAUAUUUGGAUAAUUAAAAACAGACUGUGAAAUUUAACACUAAUACUUUAUUUUUAUUUGUUUUUUUUUUUCAACAAAUACUGAAUAAAAAAAUUCUUUACCACGAA